AUGACCGACAAGACAGUUUUUUCUCCGUUUAUCAAACAAUGUUUCGUGUGCGCGACGGUUUGUAUGAAUGUGCUAAGUAAUGGUUGCGCUUAUGGCUUCCCUGCGGUGCUGCUGCCGCAACUUAAACUUCCAGACUCUCCCAUUCCACUUACCAAGGCCCAGGAGUCAUGGAUAGCGGCGGUGUUCACAAUUGCAAUGAUGGUUGGGAAUUUUACCAUGCCCAUAUUAAUGGGCAAAUUAGGGCGUAAGAACUCCCACUUUUUUGUCAUUAUACCCGUAACUGUAGGCUGGCUUUUAAUCGUCUUCGCGUCAAAUGUAGAAAUGCUUUUAGCGGCAAGAAUCAUGCAAGGUAUCUCAUUUGGUCAAGUUGUUCCUAUUCGAGCCGUCAUGAUCGGAGAAUACACCAGUCCAAAUAAUCGAGGAGCUUUCCUCAGUAUGAACGCAGUCGCACAGAUAUCAGGGAUAUUCGUCGUCCAUCUCUUGGGCUAUUUAGUCAGCUGGAAGACAACUGCGGCCAUUUGUAUUCUCUUUUCAGUUAUAAGCUUUGUCAUGACAUUUAUUAUUCCCGAAUCGCCAAGUUGGCUCGCAAGUAAGGGCCGGUACGAGGAGAGUAAAAAGUAUUUUGAAUGGCUAAGGGGAUUGAACGAAAACGAUGAACUUAUCGAGUUAAUUCAAGCCAGAAAAGAUUACAGAGAGAACGAGAACAGAUCGAGUUUUAAAGAGAUUAUUUGUAAAGUGGAGUUUUAUAAGCCUAUAAUUAUAACGUUGCAUAUUUCCUUAUUGGGAUAUAUGUCGGGAGGCAUGAUUAUAGCCGUCUAUGGGCCUACAAUCAUAUCAGAGGUCAUGGGCACCGGGGUCGAUCCUCAAUUCUGGCUCGUUUCUAUAGAUAUAUUACGGAUACUAACCAGUUUCUUUGCGGUUUACGUUAUGAAGAAGUUUAAUCGGCGAACGGUCACCUUUUCUUCUGUUGGGUUAUGUUUGGCAAUGCAUGUUGCUGUAGUGAUUUAUAUAUGGCUGGUAAAGAUUGGUGUGAUGUGGCAUGUGUACUGGAUACCGGUAGUAUUGCUUCACCUGCAAUGUUUCUCUAUAUCGGCAGGCAUAGUACCGAUAAUUACCGUCAUAGCGGGAGAAGUGUUCCCUCUGGCAUAUCGAAGUUUAGGUAUCAGUGUAAGUACAGCCAUCGCAACUGCGUUCCACUUUGUGAUAUUAAAGACUUUCCCGUACCUGGUAACUAUGGUUGGCAUUGAAGGCGUGUACGGAAUUAAUGCCGUUGUAAUUUGCUAUUGCAUGAUCGUCUGUUGGUUCAUGAUGCCGGAGACUAAGGGCCGCACAUUGCAACAAAUCGAGGAUAGGUUUAAAGGUAUUGAGAAAACUGUGGAAGAAGCUCAGCCUUUAAGCGAACUUGCUAAAUAUAGUUAA